UCCGCCCACAAGAAAGAUGGCGGCUCCCUUGAUGGAGAAGCUGGCGGACUCCCUAGGUUCCCCGGAGCCAGCGGUUCGACUCAUUUUAUCUAUUUUAAUCGGGUAUCCCUGUGCCCUGGUCUACCGGCGGUUCUUGUUCUACCAGUCUUCCACAGUUAUUCAUUUAUUCAACACGCUCUCUGGACUGGCUCUAGCAGCUUUCAACUUCGGCGCUCAGAUCUAUCACUCCGCAGUAUGCAUCCUUGUCCAAUUCCUGAUGCUGAGGCUUAUGGGAAGAACAGUAACAGCUGUCCUGAGCAGCUUUACCUUUCAAAUGGUCUACCUGCUUGCAGGUUAUUACUACACAGCAACAGAGGAGUAUGACAUCAAGUGGACUAUGCCUCAUUGUGUCCUCAUGCUGAAGCUCGUCGGGUUGUCAUUUGAUUACUAUGACGGCGGAAAGGAACCAUCCCAGCUGAGUGCAGAGCAGAAGAAAGCAGCCCUGCCGGCUGUGCCCUCGCUGCUCGAGGUGUGCGGCUUUUCCUACUUCUAUGGAGGCUUCCUGGUGGGUCCCCAGUUCACGCUGCGGAGCUACCAGAGGCUGGUGGCGGGGGAGCUCACCGACUGCCCCGGAAAGCCCCCCAACAGCGUUAUUCCGGCUAUGAAGAGGUUUGGUCUGGGUUUCGUCUGCUUGGUUAUAUAUACAAUAUUUAGUCCCUAUUACGCAGAGAGCUACUUUCUAACGGAAGAAUAUGAGGCUCAGCCGUUCUGGUAUCGCUGUGUGUUUCUUCUGAUUUGGGCUAAAGUCAUCUUGUACAAAUACGUCAGUUGCUGGGUCAUAGCGGAGGGUAUAUGUAUCCUCUCUGGCCUCGGCUACAAUGGCGUUGUGGAGGGCCAGCACCGGUGGGACGCCUGUGCCAACAUGAAGGUGUGGCUCUUUGAAACCACGCCGCUUUUCGGAGGAACCAUCUCCUCCUUCAACAUCAACACGAACGCGUGGGCUGCCAGACAUGUCUUCAAGCGGUUAAAGUUCCUGGGAAAUAAGACCCUGUCUCAUGUGGCCACACUCUUGUUCCUGACGAUUUGGCACGGCCUCCACUCCGGAUACAUCUUGUGCUUCUCCAUGGAAUUCUUCAUCAUCACUGUAGAGAGACAGGCCCUGGCUCUGGUGAGGGACAGUCCCCUGCUGACGAAGCUGGCCAACAGCGCGCUCUACCCUCUCAUCUAUGUAGUCCAGCAGUUUUUACACUGGCUCUUCAUGGGCUACCCCCUAGUGCCAUUCUGCCUCUUCACCUAUGACAAAUGGCUCAAGGUGUAUUCGUCCAUCUAUUUCUGUGGUCAUGUAUUCUUCCUUGUAGCCUAUUUACUCAUGCCAUACCUCCGCAAGGCACUGGUGCCUAGGAAAGAACGGAGCGAGAAGAAGCAGGAAUAAAACUCGGUACUAAGACUUGGCAUGGUCCGUCUGAGGCUAAAUAUCCACUGAAGGGAACUGUGACUUUUCAAGGAGAAGAACGGAAAAUAUUUUAAGGCCUUUAGUAAUAUAUAUGUCCAUGUAAAAAUAAAUUUCUAUAUAUUUUUGUGUUUUAAAUGGGAAGGGUGUUUUUAUAAACAUUCGAAGAAAUGUUUACAGGAAAUUACCAUCGUGCCACGUGGGGUAAUUGUGAGCCAAUCAGGGGUGAUUUCCUGUUUGUUUAUUGUUCUCUCUUGUUGUUCAUUUUAAGACAUGUGGGACUUGUAGAACCUGAGAGACUUACAUGCUGUCGACACAGAAUUGCACUCACCAGUCACGGGUUCAGAGUCCGUCACUGACUCCGCUGUGUUUUAUGUUUCAUUUCCCUGUCUUUCGUCUAGCACCUGCAUUUAGCAGCAGCAUUCAGCCUCGGCAGGAGGUUUGAGCACAGCGCCCGCGUGUGCGGCGCUCUCUCUUGGAAUAAUACAACGUGCAUAGAGCUUUUCUGAAAAAGCAACAUGAUGAUGAUGAUGAUAAUAAUAACAAUAAUCAGGGGGGUUAUUUUUUGAAAAUGGCUGCCAGUGGUUAUACAAGCACUGUAAAUCUCACACACACUUUACACUAACACCGACUCAAAAUGGCCUUGUAAUAAUGAAUGUUUUUACAGUACAUAUGUCCGGGUUUUAAUUUGAUUUGUGAUGAGAAGAAAAAAAAAAGAAUUGAUUUUA